GCGGUACGGGAAGCUGCUUGGUCCAUUAUAGUUCCCAGCGCUCGCUAACAGAAAAGCGAGGAAACAACACCUUAGCGGUUUGCAGCAGCCACACCGAUUACUUGAAAGAUGAGGCGUCGUGCACAGUGGGGGGGUCUGAUCCUCUUCCUGUCCUGCUCUUUUCUGUGUGCUCACUCUCAGUUGUCUCCACACCAGCAGCAGCCUCCUCCUGUAGUGGGAGGCUCAGCUCAGAUAACUCGCCUUGACAGAAACAUGGUGCAAGACAAAGACCACAUCAUGGAGCACUUGGAGGGGGUCAUCGACAAACCUGAGAAAGACAUGACGCCCCAGGAGCUUCAGCUGCAUUAUUUUAAGAUGCACGACUACGAUGGAAACAACCUGCUGGACGGCCUGGAGUUGGCCACUGCUAUUACACAUGUACACAAAGAGGAGAGAGGGGAGAACAGCCAGCCAAUGAAGGAGGAGGAGCUCAUCGCGCUAAUCGACGACGUCCUGAGGGACGACGACAAAAACAACGACGGGUACAUCGACUACGCAGAGUUCGCCAAAUCGCUGGAGUAGAUCGCCUCGCUGUUUCUUCGUUUUCAAUUCUGAAGGAGAAUCCUGAAUGAGGGGAGAGGCGGCAAGCUCCGUCUUUCACGGAAAUCAUCUUUGUAAUUUACAAAGCUUGUGACAGUUCUUUCAUACCAGAUGGAAUGUAAUUCCACCGAAUUACAAAACUGUAGCCUUUGUACCCUGUUUUUGUAGAUUGUGCCAUUUUCAAAGGGUCAGUUUAACCAAAUUAUUUUUUUAUUCAGACUUUAGCGGCCUCUAUGCUACGUGUUUUCUACCAAAGUACGCCAGCCAGCCACUGUACUGCAGUAAACAAACCGAUGAAGUAGUUUGGUUGAACUGACCCAACGGCCCAGUUCAUUUCAAACUCAUACGCACUAUUUUAAAUUAAAUUCAACACACCAGCUGUUUGAGUCUCUGCGUUUAGGACCAAAUGAUUCCUUGUGAAGAUAAUUGGGCAAAAAUGACGUUCCCACGCCAACAAAUGAUGAGCAAGUUAGCUGCGCCCCCUUCUGGUCGGCCGGAGGACGCAGGCUCUUAAUCAGUCGCAAUAGGAAUGUAUAGCAGAGCUGCAUCAGAUUCUGCGACACUGAAUAAGCUAGACUGGAAGCACACUGGCAGACUCUUCUGCAGGCUGGAGUUUCAGGAAAGCACUUGAAUGCAACACGAUUCCUUCAGAUGUUAGCUGCCUUUUUUUAAAACGCUCAGUUCAAACGCAUCAGGUCAGGUUUGUUCAGUCCAUCAGCGUUCGCUUCAUAUGGAUGAACUCUAUUUUCUUUUCUUUGUUUUUGCCAACCAGUGUUGAUUCUUCAAUGGGUUCUGAUUGUGGAGAGAAAUUAUGUAAAGGUUGGGAAAAGGUUCGGAAAUAUAACUCUGGAAUGUGAAAAGAAAACUGUUCUCUCUGUUACUAUUAAGGUAAAUUAUGUUUGGUUCUGGAAAACUCAUGAAAUCAAAUUUAUUCUCUGA